CCGGAUGAUGACUUUUGCGUUUUUUUCUUGUUGAACUUUGCCGUCGUGUCGCUUUCUUCGGGGAUAUUGCUUGAAAUAGGCUGGUUUUUGGUCUCUAAUUUGUAACCAGCGGACGCACAAGGAAUCGAACAUGGGUCUGCUGUACGCGCUACGCGUGAGGAUCAUGAACUUCAUGAUCUUCUUCCUCAUCAUCAUCCUGAUGCCCGGCCUGCCGCCGCGCACCACUUUUCCUUUUAAAGAAUAUAUAGUGACCCCGCCCAAGGACCUCAAAGGCGCCCUGGAGCAGAACUUUCACCUGGAGGGAGCGGAGCGCCUGCUGGAGGGGCGUGUCUACGGCCCCGAGUGCCUGAUAGCCCGCAACAACGAGAUCUACACGGGCAUCCAUGGCGGUGAGGUCAUCAAGCUGACCUCCAACCAUGUCACGCAUGUCACCAAGAUCGGCCAGCCCUGCGAGGACAUCUACGAGGAGUCCCGCUGCGGUCGUCCUCUUGGCUUGGCCUUCGAUACCCUGGGCAACAAUCUCUUGAUUGCCGACGCCUACUACGGCCUGUGGCAAGUGGAUCUGGGCACUAACAAGAAGACCCUGCUCGUUUCCCCCGCGCAGGAGCUCGCCGGCAAGUCCAUCAAUCGUCCUGCCAAGAUUUUCAACGGCCUUACGGUCAGCAAACAGGGCGAUAUCUACUGGACCGACUCCUCGUCGGACUUCACCAUCGAAGAUCUGGUCUUUGCCAGCUUUGCCAACCCCUCCGGCCGUCUCUUCAAAUACGACCGCACGAAGAAUGUGAGCGAGGUGCUGCUGGACGAACUGGUCUUCGCCAACGGCCUGGCCCUCAGUCCCAACGAGGACUUCAUCGUGGUGGCCGAGACGGGCGCUCUGCGUCUGACCAAGUAUCACCUGAAGGGAGUGAAGGCCGGACAGAGUGAGGUGUUCGUCGACGGGCUGCCCGGUUUGCCGGACAACCUGACGCCCGAUGCCGAGGGCAUCUGGGUGCCGCUGGUCGUGAGCUCCGACAGCGAACAUCCCAAUGGCUUCACCCUGUUCACUCGCUUCCCCAGCGUGCGUCUGUUUUUGGCCCGUGUGCUCGCUUUGUUCGAGCUGCCCUUCCGCUACCUGAACAGCAUCUAUCCGAAUAAGUUCUCCCAGCGAUUUGUCCAUUUCGUCGGGCACAUGGAAAGCAUCACUGUGCUGGCACCCAAACGCAGCACUGUGGUGCGCGUCGAUUGGAACGGCAACAUUGUGGGCUCGCUGCAUGGCUUCGACAAGUCCGCCUCGAGUGUUUCGCACGUGCUGGAGUUCCAGGACUUCCUGUUCCUCGGCUCGCCCACCAAUCAGUACCUGGCGCGUGUGAAAUCGCCCAAGACUAAGCAGCCCACGCUCAAGGUGCGCAAUGUUCGCGUCGAGGGCGAUGGCCUGGAGGCUUCUAUUGGUGUGCCACCCAGCACAACCACGCCGAAGCCCAAGGCGGCCAAGCCCACGACGACUACGACAACCACGCCGAAACCCACUACCACCACGACCACACCAAAACCCACUACCACGACGACUACCAAGAAGCCUACCACUACGACCACCACACCUAAGCCAACCACCACUCCAAAGCCAGCAACUAAGCCACCUACGACUACUCCCAAGCCAGCAACUACUACUACAACUACUCCAAAACCAACCACCACGACUACUCCCAAACCUGCUAAGCCCACUCCCAAGCGCAAAGUGCCUGAGAAGCCAGCGCCUGUAGAAGAGGAGAUUCCCUCGGACACCCAGCCACCUAAGAAGGAGAAGCUCAAGGUCAUCAACAAGCAGGGCGUCAAUGUAGAGCUCUAAAAUCUCCUGAGUUAAUCAUGGAUAUUCCCAGACGCGAGAUUAGUUC